AAAUGCUUUUUUCUUAUUUCAGAGUAUGGUGGCUGAUAAGAAGGAUGACGCCGGAUUGUUUGGUUGGAAGAACUGGACUAUUCCUGAACAUCCGUCCAAUAGAUCCAAUAUCACGCCCAGGCCAGGGAUUGACGGUUCAACUGAUGGCAACUCUUUCAUGGCUGAGAAACCUAUGGAGUUGCCAGGAGAAAUGUACAACCCAGUGAAGUACCCCAACAUGUCCCCUGCCUGGUCCCUCCACACUAUGUUCAUCUCACCAUUUCUGAAAACCAUAUUCACUGAUAUUUUCGGAUCUUUCUCUCAUGGCGGGGGGUUUCUUUGUGAGAAGUUUGAGUUGAGUGCUAUGGAGUGCAUGGAGUACUAUGGGGUGAAGCAGGGACUAACUGCCUGCCGAGACUACUAUGACGACAUGAUGGAAUGCAAAUUCAAUGUAAAGAAAUUUUUUCAUUAUUUUUAUUUUUAUAACGCUUUCUUAUAG